ACGGCAAAAAAGAGAGGGAGAGAGAGGAGAUGAGAUGAGAUGAGAUGACACCACCUUAAAUAAAGAGAGCCGCAGAGGAUUCAAUACAAAUGUGCCAGCAACCCACACAGGAGCAGCCCGCCAAGUGGACAACAAAACACCGUAUUCAACAAAUACUAGAAAUAAGACUCUCCCAAAAACCACCAUUCCUCAGGAAUUCCGUAUACUCCCAAAAAUACAUUCUUUGCAACUUUCCUCUCCUUCCAUCGCAAUCUCUUUCUCCUUCUUACGUUGUUGUUGUUGCAAUCUAUUCUCUUCAGAUUCUCUGUUUCUUGGAAGCCCGAUUAUCAAUUAGUAGCCACAGAUGGAAGCAGCAAAACGCAGCCACAGAUUCUUCAAGUUCAGAUUUUUACUAACCAACUCUAAUGAUGUCUCUGUUCCUCUUUUCAUCAAUUAGUUUUACUGCCGUUUUUAAGUACUCUCUGCCCACUUUUUAAGACUAAGUAUUUGGAUCGAAUUCUUUUUUUUUUUUUUUGAAAUUGUGCGUUGCGGGUCUCUGUCCCAUUCACUCUUUAAUCUUUGCUGCUGUCAAAUCCAAAUUAAUCAGUAUCCAUUCAUUUUGGUCAUAUCCAUUUCAACCCCAAAUCAUUUCAAACUCAAAAAAUGCUUUCUAAGAAGAAUCCCAAUUACCAAGAAUUUUCACGGAGAGCCCUUGUUGUGAAGAUGAUGGCUUCCAUCAGGCUUAGUAUUGACUACUCCAGAUUUUUUUGGCUUCUCUUUGGUGUUUUCUCCUACGAAAACCAUGAAGGAAAGCCUCGGAUUUAGACCUUUCUUUCAUCUUUUUUCCUCUACUUUUCCCCAGUGUUUGUAACCCUUUUCCCCUGUCCAAAAGUCCAAAUUUUUAUUCCUCAAUUUUACGUCCUAAUAUUAUAUUGGUCUAAAUCCACUUCAAAUUUCAGCUUCUUCAACAGAAACCAUUUUACUGUUUUUUUUAGCUCCAGCCUCGAUUAAAAAAUUAAGGAAAUUAGUCGAACAAGAAUUAGAUUAAGAACAUGCAUAGAGGAAGCUUACAAGAUGGAAGUGAUGAAGCAGAGGAGGAUCAUGGCUAUGCUGAAACUGACCCAACUGGGCGUUACGGUCGAUUCGAUGAAAUUCUGGGGAAAGGAGCAAUGAAAAUAGUGUACAGGGCCAUUGAUGAAGUUCUUGGAAUGGAAGUAGCAUGGAGCCAAGUGAAACUACAUGACUUGCUCCGAUCAGCAGAGGACCUGCAUCGACUUUACUCUGAAGUGCACCUUCUCAGUACCCUUAGCCAUCCAUCAAUCAUCAACUUUUAUACCUCUUGGAUCGAUGUUGAUAAAAGAACCUUUAAUUUCAUCACCGAAAUGUUCACUUCGGGUACCCUCAGAGAGUAUAGGAAGAAGUAUAAGAGGGUGGACAUUCGAGCUAUAAAGGUUUGGGCACGCCAAAUACUUGAAGGCCUUGUUUACUUGCAUGGUCAUGAUCCUCCAGUUAUCCAUAGAGACCUGAAAUGCGAUAACAUCUUUGUCAAUGGUCAUCUUGGGCAAGUAAAGAUCGGUGACCUUGGUUUAGCAGCCGUCCUUCAGGGUUGUCAAAGAGCACAUAGUGUCAUAGGAACUCCGGAAUUUAUGGCACCGGAACUCUAUGAGGAGAACUAUAACGAACUGGUUGAUGUAUACUCAUUUGGCAUGUGCAUGUUGGAGAUGCUCACUUCUGAAUAUCCAUAUAGUGAAUGUGCCAAUCCAGCCCAAAUUUACAAGAAAGUAACAUUGGGCAAAAAACCUCGAGCAUUCUACAAAGUUCAAGACUUGCAAGCACAGCAAUUUAUUGGGAAAUGCUUGGAGACUGCAUCAAAGAGACUGUCUGCCAAGGAAUUGAUGCUGGAUCCAUUUCUUGCGGUUGAUCAUGCUGAUGAUGAGCUAAUUCAAAGGUUAGGAAUUCAGAAAGCUAUACUGAACGACAACAUUGGAAUUGAGGACCUUCAGUUGCAUGAUGAUAUACAGAAGACAAACAUGACCAUAACAGGGAAAUUGAAUCCCGCAGAUGAUACCAUCUUCCUUAAAGUGCAGAUUACUGAUAAAGAAGGUGCUUCUAGGAAUGUUUAUUUCCCAUUUGACAUUGCGACUGAUACGCCUCUUGGUGUUGCAAACGAAAUGGUGAGGGAAUUGGAUAUCAUAGACUGGACGCCAUCUGAGAUUGCAGAUAUGAUCGAAGGAGAGAUUUCUGGACUCAUACCAGCUUCCAAGAGAUGGGGCUGGUCUCAGCCAACUCACUACCAUGUCCUUGAUUAUCAGGGAGAUGACGAUCACAAUCCUCCAUGCAAUGAUUUCUCAUCUUGUUCAUCGUCGCAAGUCUCACUCUUUGGUGCUUUCACUUCUCAAGGCAUUGAUGAAAAGAGUCGUGAUUGCCAAUUAUUUCAAGGUAAAUGAUUGUCCUUUAUUCCGACACUGAUGCAAGAUAAUUUGAGUCUUUGUGUAGAUGACAUCUUUGACGAUGCCAGCUCACAGAGCUCUCUGCGUUCUGGAAACUAUUCCAACUUGACAUAUUGUUCGGCUGAUGAACAUGAUCCUCCAGUCAGCCCUAAGGGGCAGAAGGGUCCGGCAAUUUUAAGUACUCAAAGCUCUUCCAGGUUCUGCCCUGUUGGGAAUUCAAAUGCUGGAAAGUCCAUCUGCUCCAAGCUCUCCAGAGAAAUGCUUAUUUCUAAGGGAGCAUUCACACCUUGCAGUAGUAACAACAUAACCGACAGGCGUAAACUGACAAGGAACCAAUCCCUGGUGGAUAUGCGAAGCCAACUGCUGCAUCGGUCUUUAGUCGAGGAAGUCAGCAGGCGACGUUUGUCAAAGACUGUCGGUGCAGUAGAACAAAUUGGUUUUCAAGAUCCUUGUAAAGUUCACAGCAAGAAAGCCUCCCGGCCCAUAAACGGCAUGCGAAUCACAAGUGAUGGUGGGAGUAAAGGACUAAAAACAAUGUCUUCAUUUGUUCCUUAGAGUUUGUGAUUCUGGAUGGGAGUUGGAGAACUCCAGCAUGUAUAAUAGCAAUUGCAUAUAAAUAAACAAGUCAAGACAAGAGUGUGUUAAGUGAAAGUCAUUGUCUUUGUGGUUUUUCUUAGUUGUGAACGUGGGUUUAGCCUGCCUUUUUGGUUCUUUUUCUCUUUUCCUCAAUGGUCUGAAAUCAAAGCUUUUUGAAGGCCUAGUGGUCCUAAAAAUUGUAUUGAAUCGUGGAAUAAAUAUGAUGCAUAAGGCAAUAUCAAAAGCACCGUUUCCAUGGG